UAGAGUAGGUGUUCACGUGACAGACGUUUUCAAGAAAGCGAGUUGACCAUUCCAGACACGGUAGAUUAGACCGUUAUCCUGUACGCUAUUAUUUGGGGACGCUAACUUUCAAUAAAUACACUUUCCGGAAAUGUUAUUUAAUCCGACCGGGUUGUCCGAAUGUUUACAGGAAUGGGAGGAUCUGGAGAAAGACUACCAUCAAGUCCAGGAGACACAUCGGCUCUACAAACAGAAACUGGAGGAAGUUUCGAAAUUGCAAGACAGCUGUUCGUCAUCUAUCGCACGCCAAAGGAAAAAGUUAAAGGAUCUCUCCGAAUCUCUGGAUGAGUGCAGAACCGCAGAAAGUCCAGAAGAUGUCAAUAAAAUAGUAGAGAUCCAAGAGUCCAUAAGAGAAAGACCUAAUGUCUUUUUUGAAAUGGAGGCCUUCCUGCCAAAGAAGAACGGGUUAUACCUCAGUCUUGUUCUUGGAAAUGUGAAUGUUACGCUUCUUAACAAGCAGGCCAAGUUUGCCUAUAAAGACGAGUAUGAGAAAUUCAAACUAUACUUGACUGUAAUUCUCUUGUUGUUCUCAUUCACCUGUCAGUUUUUGGUCAGCGACAGGGUUGUAGAUGCCCUUUUCAACUUCUUGUUGGUGUGGUAUUACUGUACAUUGACAAUAAGAGAGAGCAUUCUCAUUAAUAAUGGCUCUAAGAUCAAGGGUUGGUGGGUGUUUCAACACUAUGUUUCAACAUUUCUUUCUGGAGUAAUGCUGACCUGGCCUGAUGGUGAACUCUACCAGAUGUUUAGAAAUCAGUUCUUGUCAUACUCCAUGUAUAUAAAUUUUGUUCAAUUUUUGCAGUAUUACUAUCAGAGUGGAAGCUUAUAUAGACUUCGAGCUCUUGGAGAAAGACACAACAUGGACCUCACUGUUGAGGGGUUUCAGUCCUGGAUGUGGAGGGGUCUGACCUUUCUCCUGCCUUUCCUUUUCUUCGGCCAUUUUCUCCAGCUUUACAAUGGAAUUACACUCUUUCAAAUGGCCCGACUUCCAGAAUGGAAAGAAUGGCAGGUUCUCAUGUGUGGCUCCACGUUCCUUGUUUUAUUCAUGGGAAACUUCUUCACCACUCUUGGUGUUGUUUACCACAAAUACAUGGAUCAAGACAAGACCAAAGCUUUAUGAACAUGACACAAAAGCACUAAACUAUUUAUGAAAGCAAUUGAUAUUUUAUAUGAACGUCUUUUUUAUGUAAGCGAGGGAUGGAAUGAUUGUGUUGUUAAUGUAAAAUGUAUGAGUAAUAGUUUAAUAGAAUUUUAGUAAAUAUUCUCAGGUGGGUGUUUUUGUUUCAGCCAGGAUAAGUGAUGAUUUUUGUAAAUGUGUCACAAAGCAAAAGAAGUGAACAGUCUUUGCCAUAAACUAUUUAAUAUAUUGUUAUUAUUUUGUUAAAUGGAUUUCAAUGUCAUGAAGUGUUUCAUUUCAUAUAUAAAUGAAAAAUCCUGA